UUUGACAGAAAACAAUCGCAAGUUUGAUCGGUGUGAAUCGUUGCUAGAAAUCAGCUCGCUACCAAUUAACUCUCAACCGAGUUUCAUCAGCCAAUUUCGUUCGAGAUUUUCCGUGUCUCUUUGUCAAGUCUUUCUUAAGAAAGCAUGUCUCUGGUGCCGCUGCUAUUCUCCGACUGGUGGGAGGAUCUGGAAUAUCCACACCGGGUUUUCGACCAAAACUUCGGCCUGGGCGUUCAUCCGGACCAACUGACACACCCCAACAUCCUCGAACGCUUUGCGCUGCAACAACCAUCCCGGCGUCUACGUCCAGGGCAUAUGAUGUAUUAUAAUCGACCAUGGGGUGAAUUGUUGCGCAGCAGGGAAGACGGUGGCAUAUCGACCGUUAAAGCGGACAAGGACAAGUUCCAGGUGAUGUUGGACGUGCAACAGUUCAAGCCGGAAGAGAUCAAUGUCAAGGUCGUGGACAAAUCCGUGGUAGUCGAGGCCAAACACGAGGAGAAGCAGGACGAGCAUGGCUGGAUCUCACGGCAGUUUGUGCGCAAAUACAUGAUACCUGAACAGUGCGAUAUCGAUCAGGUGUCGUCGAGCUUGUCAUCAGAUGGCAUGUUGAGCAUCACCGCACCUAGGAAGGAUAAACCGAAGUCGCAAAUUGAACGGACGAUCAAGAUCCAGCAUACCGGCAAACCGGCGAUCCAAGAGAAGGCACAGGAGAAGACUCAGGAGAAGACUCAGGAGAAGAAGAAGUAAAAAUAGAGUAGAAGAUAAAAAUUAAAUCGUAUAUACCGCGUGUUGUUUCUCUGAAACCUUGUGUUCUUCUGUUUUACAUUCAUAUAAUAAUAUAAUAUAUUCAAAUAUUAUUAUUUUUUUCUCUUUAUGUGAUAUCAGAUAUAGAAUCGGAAACAUUUAUAUUUGCGUUACAAAUCACAAAAAUUAUCACUAUAUAAAAAUAUAAUUCUAAAAUUAUAAGUGCGCGAUAAUAUUGAAUAAUUUUGUUACAAUCCUGUCUCGCUCAAAAACCCGAAGCACCAAUUUUUUGGAAGUAUUGAGAGCGAAGCUCAGACGAAGCGAUUUCCCUGUUAAAGUAGCUAAGUUCUGUAAUACUCGUUCAUCGUCGCGACGAAGAAACACACUGUCACGAAAAAAUACAAAAGCGUGAA